UACAUAGAGGCCGUUUCUCUGUGUUGACACCGGUUAUACAUGUAGUAUUAGCGUAUCUCUAUCGUCUGCUGAUCUGGGCAGUACCAGGUAAUCCCGGAUAUAUGUGUACAGCCAAAUUUACAUUUUCAGGUAUUCAGUUUUUAGUGACACAUAACUUUAACGUGAACACUUAACAGACUUCAGGACACUGCUGGGAUUGCAAUGACUGGCAUCAUGGGAACUGCAACAGCUCAUCACAUCAUUCUUCUGAUUGGCCUAGUCGCUGGUCAAAAAGUAUCUACAAGCGCCACCAACAGGCCACCGAACAUCAUCAUAAUGCUAGCAGACGACCUCGGGUACGGAGAUCUGAGUGGUUUUGGCAACACAACGCUGUCGACCCCCCACAUCGACCAGUUGAUGCAAGAGGGAGUGAAGUUGACACACCAUCUAGCGGCGGCAAGCGUCUGUACGCCGAGUAGAGCUGCUUUGUUGACAGGCCGGUAUCCUGUCCGCUCUGGUAUGGUCCCUUCUGGUAUUAUCAGAGUGAACAUAUUUGUUGCAAACAGGGCAGGAAUGCUUCCAAACGAGACGACACUGGCCGAAGUGGCGAAAUCCGUGGGAUACAAAACGGCUCUUGUUGGGAAAUGGCACAUGGGCCUCAGUAAGGACACUUAUGGGGAUCAUCUGUUGCACCCAAUGAACCAAGGCUUUGACCAGUACUACGGACAUAUACUGACCAAUAUGAAGGACUUUAGUGGGGACGGCGAACGAGUGCUCCUGUCGCAGCGGCCUAGAAUUUACUAUCAAUUAGGUGCUCUCGUCACGUUAGGGCUGCUUCUGUUUGUCUGGCUUUACAGGCAAGCUUACAUCGGCAAGGUGUCCAUGGUGAUCGGGUUCCUCCUCGUGCUAACUCCUGUGGUCUAUUUUGUCUUCAUCUUCAACAAUUUGAGGAUGUUGAACGGCAUUGUCAUGAGGAAUCACGAUGUUGUGGAACAACCAAUAAAAUUGGAGAGUCUGAUGAAGAGAUACGUCCAGGAGGGUGUCGAAUUCUUGGAAGCACGGGAAAAGGACAGGGAACCAUUUUUGUUAUUUCUUUCCUGGGAUCAUGUUCACACGGCAAUGCGGACAAGCAAAGAGUUCAAAGGGCGCUCAAAACACGGUCAUUACGGAGACUCAGUGCAAGAGCUGGACUGGGGAACCGGUGAAAUCAUGUCCACGAUUAAAAACAUGGACAUAGGAAAGAACACUUUAGUUUAUUUCACAUCCGAUAAUGGCGCGCAUUUGGAAGAGUCGGACAUUUAUGGGAACAGUGAUGGAGGAUCGAAUGGGAUUCUAAAAGGUGGAAAGGCGCAUGGUGCUGUGGAUGGAGGGAUUAGGGUGCCAACUUCGGUUUGGUAUCCAGGAAAACUACCUGCUAACACUACGAUAGACGAGCCUACUAUGCAAAUGGACAUGUUCACUACAAUAACGAAUUUGAUUGGUGCAGAUGUGCCACGGGAUCGUCAAAUCGACGGGCGGGACAUGUACUCCCUCCUGGCAGGGAAGGAACGCGUCAGUCCACAAGAGUUCUUCUUCCACUAUUGUGGAGGGACAGUCCAAGCUGUACGAUAUAGGCCGCGCUCAGGUUCAGUUAUUUGGAAGCUUGUUUAUGAGCUACCCGAGUACUUGCCAGGCACCCAGAAAUGUACGUUUACCUGUAGAUGCAGGGAUGCCAUCAAACUCGAACGGCCUUAUCUUUACGACAUUACGUCAGAUCCGGGAGAAAAUAGACCAAUCGACAUCACGAGCGACCAGAAAUACAAGGAGUUAGCCGAGCUCAUGAUAAAAGCAACUGAGGAACACACAUCAUCGAUUGUACCGGUUGACUGUAGACUUUCCUUUUUUAAAAUGCUUUGGCGACCCCAAAUGCAGCCCUGUUGUAAUUUUCCUUAUUGCAGCUGUGUCGAUAGUAAAUACAAGGAUGUAGAAUAAAUUCAAUUUGUGUGCUACUUAUCAUGUACAAGUUUCCAUUACCCUUUUAUAAUAUGAAAGAAAAACCCAUUUCAUUCAUCGUUUAAACAAACCGUCAACAAGGAAGUUCGGGAGUUUAGAAAAUAUAAUCAACAAAUCCAUGCUAUGCUUUACAGUAGGACGGAUGUGGGUUGCUCACCAUAAUGAGAUUUUCUAAUUGGCCGGACACCAACAUGUCCCUAAUGUAACAAUGGAAAUGUAUAGCGUUAAUUUCCCUCCUAUCUGCAUUGUUUAUCAUUUAGAAUACUUAGAUCUCUCUUUGCAGUUGUGGUUAUUUGUGUCCGGUUAAAUGUCGAAACAUUUCAGCACGUUGUAGAAGUGAAAAUGCUGGCGUUGUAACUCUUUAAAUUUGUGUCGAUGUCGACAUUUUCGCAUUGACAAUGUUUCUGAAUCAUCUAUUCUUAAUGUAUAUUAUAAUCUUAAUAAUCUGUUUAUAAAUAUUCGCGUGCGGAUAUUUUAGUGCAAGUUUACUCAACAAGAAAACGCGAAUGUUUUCGAAGGCGCAGCAAUUUCAACUUUUACAGUAUAUGCUAAUGUGUUUUCGUCAGUUAUUUUGAUUUCACAUUUUAGAAUAUUAAAAGAUUGCUGUCAGGUGACCCGAAGUGUUCGCCCGUCAUCAGGGUUCUACCUACUGUAAAAGUAAACAUUUUCUGGGUGUUGAAAUUUUCGCGAAUUAACUUUUGUCGGCGUUUAAAUAUGUUUCGCGUUGUCAAUGCCAAUGCAAUACAUAUUUCAUAGCGUGUCACUAUCUUUACGGACGUUUAUUUCUCUUCGCGGGAAUUUUGUAGCCCAAUAGGUUAUUACAGUGCGUGUUCAAGUGGAAGACAGUUGACAGGUUUUAUAAGUCAUGUUGGGUUAGGACGCUAUAUUUAAAGUAACUUCUGUUAUAAUAUAUCAAUUAUAUUUUAUACACAUUAAAACUAUUCUAUUUACUCUU